AGAAAACUGAUAACUUUAUUGUGGAUUAAUUGCAAUCUAGUCUCUAUAUAUAAUACGGAAUAACAAUUUCAUUUCCACUCACAAUAUUCUCUAUAUCGCCUGACUUUUGGGCUCUCUGUCUCACUCUCGUCGAAAUCAAAUAUGCCUCCAAAGAAAGAAGGUGAGAAGAAGGAGGAGCGGUUCUCCUACAAAUGCAAAAUCACACUCAACUGUGAUUGUGACGGGUGUAGAAAUGAAGUCUUCAGAACAAUUAAAAAACAUUGUGGUGUUGCAAUCCCAGAUAUUAAAUCGAAGCGUGUCCUUGCCGGCGGUAAUGUAGAAUGGGAUGUCGAAGUGACAAACUCAAAAACAAACCAAAAACAGCUGGAGGGAUAUCUGAAAGAGGUUAAACAGGGGAUAAAAUGUGAAGCGAAUGAUAUCAAGUCCAAAGAGAACGGAGACGGCAAAAAGAGUAAACCGGACGGCAACGGAGGCGGCGAAAAGAAGAGUGGCAAUGGAGACGGCGAAAAGAAGGUGGUUGAAAAGAAGGACGACGCAGGAAAGGAGAAAAAUGGCGGCGGCGGAGGACAAAAGUACAACGAGCGCUUCCACAACUCUGCCGCUUUGGCGGGUUCUACGCAGGGUCCAUAUGUUCCCAUACUCGCGGAUUUGCACAAUGAGCUGAUGGAGACACAUGGUUUCAUAAAAGUUCUGCGUAACGCGGUCAGCGAGGAUGAUCCCUUUGCCUGCUCUAUCCUGUGAAAUUCACCCGCCCUAAAUAAAUAAGUUAAUUAAAUUUGCUGGAUUAAUUUAAUUAAUUAAUUAAUUAUAUACGUAGUAUGUCUUCUUAUCUUAAUUAUAUCACAUUGUUGGAUUGGCCUGGUAUUUCAUUAUUCCAAUAUGUGUAUUACAUUUCAGCAUUCAUCAUUCCAAUUGUUGUGAUUUCAUCUAUAUUUAGAACCUAAUAACUCGUUCCAUUAUUUGAGUUAUUCUGUUUAGUGUCACUUUAAUUUGGUUCAUUCAUCACGUACGUACGCCUCUACUUAA